AUGUUGGCCCGUGUCAUUGCGCUUGUGGCGCUCGUGCAAGUGAUUGCUGCGUCUGCGUUGACGUUCAACUUGCCCGCCAAGGAGAAAGUGUGUUACUACAUUUUCACCCAGAAACCGCGUACCUCGGUCAACUUCUACUUCGCUGUUCAGUCAGGUGGUGACUUUGACGUGGACUAUGAGGUCAAGGGCCCCAACGGCCACGUCAUAUUGUCAGACACGAAACAGAGACAGGGGACUUUUGUGUUCAAUGCUGAUGUUGUCGGCGAGUACGAGUUCUGUUUCUCCAACCAGAUGUCAACGUUCGCAGAGAAGGUGGUGGACUUCGAAAUCAAGCACGAGGGCGAUGCUCAGAGCCAAUUCAGAGCAUCCAUGCCUGCUCCCAGCAACCAGAAACCACAACAGCACGUGGAGCGCAUGAAGAGAACCGCUGACGAGAUCGACAGACAGUUGGACGAGCUCAAGUGGACGUUGCAGUAUUACAAGACGAGAAACAACAGAAACCAAGCCACCGUGCGCUCCACAGAGUCCAGAAUAUACUAUUUCUCCAUUCUAGAGGUGCUUUUGAUGGUUGGCAUGGCUGCUUUGCAAAUUGCCGUGGUGCAAUACUUCUUCAAGGGCUCCAGAAAACAGCUUGUCUAA